UGCUCUGUCACCGCCGCCGCCGCUUCAGAGGAGAGGACCCGUUUAUUCAGCUGCUGAAUGAGAGACGGAACGGAGGCAAGGAUGAACAGAUAGAGGGAUGAGUGAAUGAAUGAAUGAACGGAUCCCGACCAGGGCUUCUUCCAGAGUACCGAUCCGGUGAGAAGACGCAAACAACGAUUUGGACGUCACUCCACGCUGCACUGACCCAUUAGAACUCAGCAGAGUCCAGUGAAGGCCCGGCCGCAUCAGCAGAAAUGGCUCCAGCAGCCAUGUCUCUGCCUCCAUCCCCUCUUACUUCUCUCCACCCAUCCCGCCUCUCCUCAACCCUCCUCUUCUUCCUCCUCUCCGCCUUUCUCCUGCUGUCGUGUCCUGGAUCUGUGCACGCAGGCUCACAUGAGAAAAACUGCUCAGCCAGUGGAGACCCCUGUCAAGAAGGAGUGGUAUUACCCGUGUGGAACCCUCAGAACCCCUCUGUAGGGGACAAAGUGGCACGGGCCAUUGUUUACUUCGUAGCACUCAUCUAUAUGUUCCUGGGUAUGAGCAUCAUAGCGGACCGAUUCAUGUCUUCUAUAGAGGUCAUAACAUCCCAAGAGAAGGAAAUCACUAUAAAGAGGCCGAACGGUGAGACCACCACCGCCACGGUCAGGAUCUGGAAUGAGACCGUUUCUAAUCUGACUCUAAUGGCUCUGGGUUCUAGUGCCCCCGAGAUACUGCUGUCUGUUAUUGAGGUGUGCGGUCACGGUUUCGAGGCAGGCUCUCUGGGUCCCAGCACCAUCGUGGGCAGUGCUGCCUUCAACAUGUUCGUCAUCAUUGCUCUGUGUGUGUACGUGGUUCCUGACGGAGAGACGCGCAAAAUCAAACACCUUCGGGUGUUCUUCGUCACGGCGGCCUGGAGUAUCUUCGCCUACAUCUGGCUUUAUCUGAUUCUGAGUGUCUCUUCCCCUGGAGAGGUGGAGGUAUGGGAGGCGGUGUUGACCUUCCUCUUCUUCCCCCUCUGUGUGGUCCAGGCCUGGGUGGCCGACCGUCGCCUCCUCUUUUACAAGUACGUCCGAAAGCGUUACCGUGCUGACAAGAACCGAGGCAUCAUCAUUGAAACUGAGGGAGGGAACGAUGGAGGGAUGGGUAUGGCCGGAGGAGCACUGGGUCCGGGGGGUUUCACCAAGAUGGACAUGCUGGAGCUGGAUGGACAGAUGGCAUUAAACUGUCACAGUGGGAUGGACGGAGGGUUGAUGGAAGAGGGAGGAGCUAAGGAUGAAGAGGACGAGGCCAGAAGGGACAUGGCGAGGACGCUGAAGGACCUGAAGCAGAGGCACCCAGACAAAGACAUGGAGCAACUGAUUGAGAUGGCUAAUUAUCAGGUCCUGAUGCAGCAGCAAAAGAGCAGAGCAUUUUACCGUAUCCAGGCAACCAGGAUGAUGAUUGGAGCUGGCAACAUCCUGAAGAAGCACGCCGCCGACCAGGCUCGCAAGGUGGUGAGCAGCCAUGAGACCCAGGCCCAGGAGGAUGACCCUCACACCAUCAGAAUGGAGUUUGAACCCUCUUUGUACCAGUGCUUUGAAAACUGUGGCUCCUUAAAACUGACCGUUGCCAGACACGGAGGAGACCCUGGAGUUACUGUCAAGGUGGAUUAUCGCACAGAGGACGGUACGGCAAACGCAGGUUCAGAUUAUGAGUUUGCGGAGGGAACACUGCUGUUUAAGCCAGGAGAGACCCUCAAAGAGAUCACAGUCGGAGUGAUUGAUGACGACAUCUUUGAGGAGGAUGAGUAUUUCUACGUCCACCUCAGUAACCCUCGAGUGGUUGGUUAUCCUGAGAUUGGUACUGCCCCAUUGGAUGCCAGCGCCACCCCCAAAGCCGUGCUGGGUGACAACCACACAGCCACAGUGACCAUCUAUGAUGAUGAUCACGCAGGUAUCUUUACCUUUGAGAGUGCCAGUCAGAGGGUGAGUGAGAGCGUAGGUGUGAUGGAGGUGAAGGUGCUCAGGACUUCAGGGGCCCGAGGCCUGGUAGCUGUCCCCUACCGAACUGUGGAUGCCUCUGCUAAAGCAGGAGAGGACUAUGAACUGGCAGCUGGCAAGCUGGAGUUUCAGAAUGAUGAGACCAUGAAGAUCAUCGAGGUGAAGAUUAUUGAUGACGAGGAGUAUGAGAAGAACAAGACCUUCACCAUCGAGCUGGGAGAGCCCAUUCUGUUAGAGAUAGGGCAGAAACAUGGCGACUCCAAUGAGAACAAGCCAUUGGUGGGAGCAGAGGAGGAAGAGGUGGCAAAGAUGGGCUGCCCUAGUUUGGGCGAACACACACAAGUAGAGGUGAUCAUAGAAGAGUCCUACGAGUUUAAGAGUACGGUAGAUAAGUUGAUCAAGAAGACAAACCUGGCCUUGGUGGUGGGAAGCAGCAGCUGGAGGGAGCAGUUUGUCAGUGCCGUUACUGUCAGCGCAGGAGACGACGACGAGGAGGAGAGCGGCGAGGAGCGUCUGCCGUCCUGCUUCGACUACAUCAUGCACUUCCUCACCGUCUUCUGGAAGGUUCUGUUCGCCUUCGUCCCGCCCACGGAGUACUGGAACGGCUGGGCCUGCUUCAUUGUCUCCAUAUCGCUUAUCGGUGUCCUGACUGCAGUCACUGGUGAUCUGGCGUCACACUUCGGCUGCACAAUAGGACUGAAGGACUCUGUGACGGCUGUGGUGUUUGUGGCACUGGGAACAUCGGUGCCAGACACAUUCGCCAGUAAGGUCGCCGCCAUCCAAGACCAGUACGCUGACGCCUCCAUUGGCAACGUCACCGGCUCCAAUGCCGUCAACGUUUUCCUCGGCAUUGGCGUAGCAUGGACCAUCGCUGCCAUCGCCUGGCGCUCCAAGGGCCAGGCCUUCAAGGUGGACCCAGGAAACCUGGCCUUCUCCGUCACCCUCUUCACCAUCCUGGCCGUGUUGUGCGUAGUCACACUGCUGUACCGGCGGCGGGCGACGGUGGCCGGCGGCGAGCUGGGUGGGCCGCGGACUUGCAAGAUGCUAACGUCGCUGCUGUUCGUCUCAAUGUGGUUGAUUUACAUCCUGCUGGCUUCACUGGAGGCCUACUGCCAUUUACCAGGGUUUUAAACGGAGAGGAAAGGGGAGGGUGAGAGACCCACUGCCAAUAUGAAGAGAAAGAGAGAGGGAGGGUUGGAGGAGUCUGGAGGAAGACAGGAUGAUGAGAGAUGAGGAGUAGAGGUGGAUCAAUAUGGGCCGAUUUUGAUAUUUUUAUGGAGUCAGCAGAUCUUUUCAAUUUUCUCCUUUUUUUAAAGUCCAAAAUUUCCAGUGUUUCAGAUAGAUUUAUUUUUCUCUUUCCAUUUAUUUAUUUAUUUACUGAAAACGAGUGUAUACCAGUAUGAAACAUUAAAACUCCUCAAAUAUAUCCAAACAUUCUUUUUGCUUUAGCAGACCUUCUGUCUGUCCAGUGAUGGAGAAACUUGUAGGAUACGUUAACUCUUUGAAUUUAGAGUUAUUUAACAGAGAGAAUUAAUGAGAAAAAUGCAACACAGGUCUUAAGGAGCGCUUUUAUGUUACCUCAUCCAUCAUCACCCGUGGGAAACACAGUUUAAUGGUUAAUAUAAGGCUAAUAUCGUUGCAGUAUAAUGGCAAACCAGCAGGAGAGAAGAAGAGACAGACAGUGAGGAGAGCUUUUAGCCGGCCUCCGAGGGGAACAGUGAGGAUGAAGAAGAAGGAUAGGGGUGAAAGAUAAAAGAGGGAAAGCUAAGAGAGGAGGCUGCAGGCAACAACACUAGAGAAAGGUCUGGAUAAAGUCAAUGGGGAGACUUGAGAAAAUACGACAGAAAUAAGUAAAAGAAGAAGACAAGAUGGGGAAAAUAUUAUUCUACACGCCCUCCUCACGCUCUCUCUCUCGCUCCGUCCAUCUUUGCUGUCUCUCGUCGUCACGGGAACAGUGGAUCCUCCUAUCAUACUGUACCCACUGAACUCUAUCUAAUACUACCAGUGACUUAUUUCUUUUAACCCCUCUUCUCACACACACACACACACACACACACACACACACACACACACACUUCGGGGCCCUCAGGUGAAUCUGCAGUGGAGGACCACUCACUAACUUGCGGGCGAACAGGCAAGAUCAAAACAGACAACUUUUUUCCUUCUCUUUUUAAAAAACACUGUGCGAAAUAGUCCUUCCACCCCACAACACACACACACACACACACAAACUGUACACCCCCUUCCCAACAAACAAUCUGCAGACUUUACACACUCCUCCAUCCCUCCCUCUUGCCUUACUCUUAUCUCCCCUGUAGGAAUUGUCUUAAAGUUGUGAUAACGAAACGCUGUAGUCACCACCAACCAGUCCUCUUUUUUAAUUGAGCCAAUCCCAAGUCCCUUUCCUUUUACGCCAAUCAACAGCCUCGUUUAUCCCGCUAUGGAUCCCCCUCCUUUUUUUCUAAACUUUUCAAUGGCGUUACGUGUUGAUGUUGUUACCGUGCAAUUGUAAAAAAAAAAUAAAUAAAUAAAGAGACAUAUAAAUAUUGUAUGGAGGGAUAGAGAUGAAAAAGCAGGUGGUUUGGAAGAUGGAAUGUAACGUGGAGGAUCAAGACGUUGGAUUAGCACCAGGAGGAAAUCUCAACAGUUGGAAGACGGAGCAAAAGAAAUGUUUGAUAAACAGAGUGAAGAUUAGAAACAUCUGGAGAACCAACGAGCAAGCAGUCCACCUAGUAAUAGUUGUCUUUCUUGCAAUGAAGAAGCGUUGUGCACUACACGUUGUGCUGUUUACACUCUAAUGUUGCAUUAAAUGUCGAGGAAAUGAACAUGUGAACAAGCAGAACUGGAGCCAAACAGGAAAUGAACCAAGAGACAUCAACAAACAAGGUUGGACGAAUCAGAAUGAAGGAUCUCACUGGUUGUGACCUUGACAAAGACCAAUGGUUAUGACAUUGUUGUUGAUGACAAAUCAAAACUAUGACCAUACCCAGUGUUUCUAAUUGUACAUGGUAACAUAAGAAACUUUUAUUGAUGUGUGUGAGAAAACACUGAUAUUUAAUUUAUGUGAAGUUCCCCUCUUUGUAAAGAAAACCCUGGAAGAGGAACAGGACGAUCCACGUGAUCCCCUUUUUCCUCUGAAACACAGUUCAGGAAGACAUGUUAAGGAAAUCCAUCGCAAGGAAAAAAAAGGCUGUAAGAUGUCUAAACCUGAGAUGGUUCACAGGCAGAGAGGAGAGUCGAACGCUCUGAGUGAAAAUGUACGGCAGCUCUGAAAUAUCACACGACUGUUCGGCAGCAGUUGUAACGUUGGGACAUUUCUUUGUAUUCAAAACACACAUCACAAGUCCUCUGUUGUCCAGAGAUUUAAUAGAAAAACACUGUCACAGAUCACCAUUCAUUUUUCAGUGUGCAGUUUUACCUCGCAGGUGUUGUACAAGCCCCACAAGCUGUCAGUUGUAGUUGAAAAAAAACUGGCACAUUUAAAUUCAUAAAGGUGUUCACACUACAGAUAAAUGUGCUUAAUUAUUGGUAUUUAUAUGGGUACGAGCCUGUAUCUGAAGCUGUGGUAUUUAUUUUGUUUUUGUGAAACAUUUGUUGAUUCAGGCAUUGUGUGUGAAAGUGAAAGUAAGAUAUCAGAAUAGCUUAAAAUGACGAUAUUAUGCCACAUAUCAAUCAUAUUCUUAGUGUUUGUGUGGAAUCCAGAGUUAUAUUAUGUCUGUGUUGAUACCCCUGUCUUGCCCAGGGGCCGGGCUGCAGCUGGACAGAAGGGAUGGCAUAUGGUUUGUCAGUGCAAGUAACUAUUGAGUGUAUUCCAUUUGUUAACAACAGCAUAGAAGGAAAAACUCUGCAACCAUUCCUCCCUUAACUGCCCACGGAGCUCACUGUCAACUUCAAGGAAAAUCCUGAAAAGAAAACAAUAAUUUAGCUUUUUGUUCACUAAGAGAAAAAUGGGACUGAAAACAACAAUUUACCUGCUCACCAUCCGCCUUGUUGAAUAUGGACAAAUUACCAGCUGCUUUCAGCUCAAUGUAAAUGCAGGCUUCACCGAGCCAGCUCAGUUGUGACCAGACUAAACACAACACGAGCUUGUCCGAUUCAGCCUUGGCAGAGUCAGUGCUCCCACAAAUGGAAGAUAAGUGGCGAUUUGGAGCAGAGGGGCAUUGAUCCGCUUGGGUGAAAAUGCCUGUAUGCUUCACCCCUUCCUUGCACUUUCUGACAGCUAUAAAGGAACGAAAGGAGAAAUAUUCCAAUCUUUAAUCGUACAAAGGUGCAGUGAAUCCUACUGUGAUUCAUUUAACAACUGUUUUCCAGCUCAAAGCUGCUGCAUCAGCUGAUUUCAGACAAGCUCAGCCAAGAUUCAUUGAUAGAAGGAGUUUGGCCACCUGCCAUGAUGUUCGAUUUCAAAGGAAUAUUUCUUGGCUGCAAAUAUUUAACAUUGCUGUCUAGAUAUUAGACAAAAUGGCACGCCCAGAGUUUCCUCCUCACAGAGGAGCUGCCUGAGAGCUCACAGGGAUCAGCAUGUUAAGUGCUUGCAAAGCUGUAGCCAGGAUUUAUAAGCACUGAGGUCAUGAGUCUGAGUCCCCCCUACUCCCUACACUCCACAGAAAAGUUUCUCGAACCCCAAAGCGAGCGUUCGGUUAGCUGUUCCAUUAUAUUUCCAUUUGAAGUUACUCUCCUACAUGCAGAUUGAAAUGUUUAAAGCCUCAACAUUACUGACUCAUUUGUUUUUAAGCUAACAGCUCCGUGAAGCUACUGCUUAGGCACAGCAUUGUUCGAACUAAAUUCUAACGUCAGCAUGUUAGCAUGCUAAAAAUGCUAACAUGCUCAUCACCAGGGUCAUUGUCUUAGUUAAGUGUGUCAGCAUGCUAGCAUUUUUCAAUUAGCACUAAACAACUUGCAUCUGAGGCUGACAGGAAUGUCAAUAGUUUAGCAUGUAUUUGGUCAAAAACAGAAGUACUGGACAAGUUAGAAUUUUCAGCUGAUGAUAGCGCAAUCAAAGGGUUCACCAAAGUGGUUCCUGUACAAAUCAUCAUGUGGAGAAUUGUUCAGCUCCCAUUCUUGUUCAGAGCGGCAAAGUGUCCCAAAUGAUCAGGGGAUCCGUUCUUCUCUAAAACCUUGAGUUUUUAUACCUUUUUCUCUAUUCCUACAUGGACAUCCUUCAUCAGAUCUCCUUCUUUACUGCCCCGAAAUGAAAAGUCACACAUAGCAUGAUCACCUUUGCUAUGAUAAACAAGUGCUACAUGACCAAAACUUUGUGUCCUUUCCUAAAAGUUCAGUACUUCAGUAGGCUACCCCCAAGCAACCCUGGUCAUGAACCCAUUUUUGCUGAGCUUUGCUGAUCUGUUAAUCAAACGAUCUAUUUUAAUUCAGGUACUUCCCGUUUUCACCAGCCAUCGGUGUCUACUCAGCAGUGCCUGUACUUUCCACCCGUCCUUUCAUUUCCUGAUGUUGUUCUCCUUUGGUGGUUCCUCUUCGCCACUGGGCCCUGGCUCUGCCUGUGGUGGUGACAGGUCACUUAUUAGUGACAUGCAGGUUAGGUAAUCGAUCAUCAGCUCCAGUUCCUCCUCCUCUUUUUCUUCUUCUGGAUCUUCGGUGGUUCUGUCUUUUUAUUAGGUUCUUCUGGUGCUGCUUUGUUUUGCUCGUUUUGUGUUUGUGAUUCAACAGGGUUAAUAUCUGACCUUUUUCUCUCAUGGAGGUUUCGAGGCCUCCUAUAAGGCCUUCUGGAUUUUGCAUUGACUUUGACAAAUGUCAGAACCAAAUUUCAUAGCAAUCCAUUCAUUCAUGUGUGUAGGCAUUUUACUCAAAUCCACAAAAAUGAACCUCAUGGUGAUGCUAGACAGACAAGUCAUGAAAUUACCAAAGUCCUUGGUCCUGGCAACAUGAAUGUUUGUACAAAGUUUCAGUGCAAUAUACCGAAUAGCUACAGAGCUAUAUCAGUCUGGACCAAACCAAUGUUGUCAUCCCUAAAGCCAUGCUGCUAGCAUGGCUAAAAACACUGAAUUCAGGCUGCGAAAGACCUGCCACAUGGAGGUUUCUAGAAUGUUAUGUCCCUCACAAUCUCUAAAAUGCCCUGAAAACCCCGAAAGACAUGACCUCAGUGUUCUGAAUCAUAGCUACAGCCCUGGAUGCUUGUUGACAUGGUGAAUGAGCUGAAACUGUCUGACUAACCAUCCAAAUCCAUUCAUUUCUGUAGUAUCCUAAAACGUAGGAGUAAACCCUCUGUGACGAAGGUCAUCAGCCAGCCACCAGUUUUGACAUGACUGGCACGUUGGCACGUCUCCUGGCCUUUCGAGACGCCAGGACGUCUGCCGGGCCAAACUCUGUUUCUCAAUGACUUAAGCUUCCGUAACAGUUGCCAGUUUAAGAAUGAGUGGGCUGGAUAAUAGUACUGCUGACGCCACAGGAACACAGGAAUACUGGGACUGAUUUAGAAAUGUAGGCUUUUUAAAGGUUGAUAAGCCUUGCUGGAGGACGACUGAGUGUGUGAGUGCAUCUGAGUGUGUGCAUGCUUUCUAAGUGAGUGAAGAAAUGCAACCAUAUUUUUAGUCUCUUGCCUGUUGCUUAGCGACCAUCUAUCUGCAAGCCGUUGUCCUCUUGACUGUUGCUGGUGUGUGUGAGACGUAUGUGUGUGUGUGUGAUCGUCUUUUGAUGUUUCUCACUUUGUAUGCCUGCCCUUCUUCUUCAGUGAAUGUGACAAUAUAGUUUCUCAUUCAUAUGUUCUCUCUCUGCGGGUGAAUCUCAACAUAUAUUACUCUUCAUAUGUUCAGUUUUUUUUUUUUUACGUGUGUUUCUUUUACUUUAUGUUUCUUGUGCCUCCCCUUGUCUGCAUGUGUAUCCAUUGUGUGUAGAUCUACAUGCGUAUUUGUGCCUUUGUGUGCUUGUGUUUGUUUGUGUCGGUUGGUGUUGUAAUCUCCUUAUAAGGGCUCGUCCCUGUGUGUCCCUGGCUGAGUCCAAUAUGCUAGAUUAAUGAAUUAGAAUGCCAACCUGACCCACAGUAAAAAAUGCCUGGAAAUUGGAUUCCCUUCCUUGUGUGUGUGUGUGUGUGUGUGUGUGUGUGUGUGUGUGUGUGACAGUGAGAGAGAGGCAGGUAGAUUGUGCCUGGUACUCUCCCUUGCUGUGUGUGUGUGUGUGUGUGUGUGUGCCUGUCGAAUCAGAUUAGAUAUAUAAUAGAUCUGGCUGGUGAUCAAGACUGGGAAUAGAUGGUGGCACACUGCUUGAAGAAGUGUGGUGUGUGUGUUUGUGUGUGCGUGUGCAUCUGUGUGUGUAUAGUAUGUGAGAAACUGUCAUACAUUUAGGUUGCUGACUCCACACACUGACUGGCUGAUGGCUAGCAGACACACACUCACAUGCACACAUAAAUAUAAACAAAUGUACUGUACAUGCAGAAAACCAGAGGAUCGACACGCUGCUGGUACUUGGUAGCUUGGGCAUGUUUGAAUCUUUACAGUCUAUUAAACUAUUCUUAUUUUCCAGUAAUGUCACACUUCAGUUUAGUUAGAAAAAGACUACAGUGACGUGGGAUGAAAACUGAAAUGUAUUUAUUUCACUCUGUAAGUACAUGGUUGCUUGUUUUUGCUGUGCAUAUGAGUAUGUGUAUGUUAGGGGUGUUUACAGACAUCACUAUAUGUAUCUAAGUUUGAAAUAUAAUAUUUAUUUGUAUUCUGGCACACCUUUAAUUGUUAAUGACAGUAGCUGCUGUCAUAUUUACAUUAUACCUAAUACAUUUUUUGUAAUUUAAAGGUAUACUAUGCAGGAUUGUCGGUUGCCACUCGCCAGUAAACGCUAUACAGAAAAAAUACAGCAAAAAAUACACCACCACACACUUCCAGUGGGUCAUAAGUGGUGAUCAAGAGGGAUUACUUCUGUACUUCUUUUAUAUGAGAAUCCUGCAUCGUAUACCUUUAAUUAUUUUGAUGUUGUUACCAUAUAAGACGUAAAAUUUAAACAUAUUGAGUCAGAUAAAACCUGGCAUGUAUUUAAUGGUUGAAUGUCACCCCUCCCAAUCUGCUAAAACCCCGAAAUUCAGGGGAAAAUCACCAAGGACAUGACCUCAGUGUCCUGGGUGUUAGCCACAGCCCUGCUGACUCUGCACAUUCAGCUGCAGUGAUGCACAACAAUGAGUUAAUUUCUUCAAUGCCGUUGUAUGCUCUGGGAAACAUAAAGAUGUAAUGUAAAGGAUUUGGUUUCUGAAUUCAAAAAUAAUGCUGAACAAGUUUUAAAAAAAUCACAUUUUAGAUUUGGAAACAUCCGAAGAAUGUGUGUGUGCCAGUGUGUGUGUGUGUGUGUGUGAGAGAGAGAGAGAGAGAAUUGUGUUAAUCAGCCGCUAUUUAUAAGUGUUUUUUAUUUUCUACCUUUCUUUUCUCCCUCUCUCUACUAUUAGCCACUCAAUUGCUCUCUACUUUCUAAAUAUUUAUAUAUUUUAUCACUUCAUAUUCUUCAUUUUAUUGAUAUAUCAUGCAGCCCUAUUUAUGAAGUCACAAAGUGCUUUUGAUAUGAAUAUCUGGUAUUUUAAUUUUUCCAUUUAUUUUAUUAUUGUACUCUUAUGGUCGAUAUGUUUCCAUUGUUUGUGUUGUUUUGGUGAUUUGUUUUGUAAAAAUAAAAAGCCCUCAGAGAGUAGAACAGCAAAUUAGCCUAGUAACAAAUUACAAUAAGUGUGCUCUUAUCCUUUUUAUUGUGUGUGUAUGUGUGUGUGUGUGUGAGAGAGAGAGAGAGAGAGAGAGAGAGAGAGAGAGAGAAUGCGAGCGUGUGUGUGGACGUGUGCAUUUCUUCAUAUCAUUCCAUUCACGAGUGUGUCGAUGCAUGAAUUAAGCUCAUUCUGAAUACAGUGUUGAUGUUGGAACUGUCGUAGUAAAGAGUAAAGUAUUUUUAAACGAAGAAAAUGACAUGACAUGAAAAACGAUAUAGAUGUUUACAAAGACCAAACUUUUCUUUUCUCAUUUUUUUUUCUCAAAGAUGAAAUAAAACUUGACUGGCAAAUGCUCA